UAGCUGGUAAGUCGCACAUAGUACCUCACUCAUUCCAUUCCGUGUCCAAAGUUGCAAGUUAUCUAAGCCAAAGCCCACUUUCUGUUUCACUCUCUUUUCUUCUCUUCUAUUCUCUUCUCUUUCCGGCAAAACCAUGCCUUCAAGCCCCAGACACCAAUUCCUCCAUUUCUGAGAUCCCAACCUUCUCAUCCUCAGAUGGUUCUCUCUCCCUAGCUUCGAAUCAGCCAGGAGAAUUUGCUGGGGGACCUUCAAUUUCGGAACCUCGCGUGAUUCACUCGGUAUUGCCCUCGCGUUUUUCUCUCUCUAUUUUCGCCAGAGGCGGAAGACGAUGGACAGAAAGUGAAUAGCUUUUUGGAAAUGGAUAGGGGGGAAGGAGUGAAUGAUGGUUUUUCUGGACCUGGACCAAAUGAUUCGCUUCUCCCUGGUCUAAUUGAUGAUGUUGCCUUGAAUUGUCUUGCCUGGGUUAGUGCAUCCGAUUACACCUCACUAUCGUGUAUUAAUAAAAGGUUCAAUAAAUUGAUCAGUAGUGGGUAUCUAUAUGGGUUGAGGAAACAAUUGAAGGCUGUGGAACAUUUGGUGUAUAUGGUUUGUGAUCCAAGAGGGUGGGUGGCAUUUGACCCCAAAGUAAACAAGUGGAUGUCAUUACCUAAGAUACCUUGUGAUGAGUGCUUUAACCAUGCAGACAAGGAGUCCUUGGCCGUGGGCUGCGAACUGUUAGUCUUUGGUCGGGAAAUGAUGGAGUUUGCCAUUUGGAAGUAUAGCAUGGUUUGCCGUGGCUGGGUGAAGUGCCAAGGGAUGAACCAACCUCGCUGUUUGUUUGGAUCUAGUAGUCUUGGUUCAAUUGCUAUUAUUGCUGGAGGAAGUGAUAAGUAUGGAAAUGUUCUAAAAUCAGCUGAGUUGUAUGACUCUUCAUCAGGUAUGUGGGAACUUCUACCGAGCAUGCACACUCCACGUAGAUUGUGUUCUGGUUUUUUUAUGGAUGGCAAAUUCUACGUGAUUGGUGGAAUGUCGAGUAUAACCGUUUCAUUAACUUGUGGAGAGGAAUAUGAUCUUAAGACAAGGAAUUGGCGGAAAAUAGAGGGUAUGUAUCCAUAUGUUAACGAGGGUGUUCAGGCACCGCCACUUGUGGCAGUUGUGGAUAAUCAGCUAUACGCAGUUGAGCAUGUAACUAACAUGGUGAAGAAAUAUGACAAGGACAAGAACACCUGGAAUGAGUUGGGGAGGCUUCCAGUCCGGGCAGAUUCAUCUAAUGGUUGGGGGUUAGCUUUCAAGGCCUGUGGAGAGCAACUUUUGGUUGUGGGUGGACAAAGGGGUCCAGAAGGUGAAGCAAUUGUGUUGAGUUCAUGGUGUCCCAAGUCAGGGGUCAGGAAUGGCACCAUAGAUUGGCAGGUACUUGGGGUGAAGGAAAACGUCGGGGUUUUCGUGUAUAAUUGUGCUGUUAUGGGUUGUUGAGAUAAUUUUAGAUUGACUCAACAGAGGAUGCUGGUAUCCACAAUCUGACUUAGCCUUGAAGGGUGCCUCCAUGUUCAAUCACCUCAUUUACUGAGUUAAUUGUUGCAGGGAUAGCUUUCCAAAUUUGGUUUCUUUCUUUUUAACAUGGUUUAUUUGGAUGUAUUUCUCACAUUCCUGGUCCAUAAUUCUAAAUUGCUUUUCAGAUUACUGAGUAGGCUUACAUAGAUAUGUUCUGUUAUCUUUUUUAGCCAAAUAUGUAAACCAAUAAAUGAAAGAUUUUCAUUGUUUAA